AUGGAUACCGGACUCAAGUCCCUCGGCAUGAUACCGCGUUCACCAAGUCCUUCUCCAAUUCCAGAGCCAGCGUUGAUUAAGAAGGAAGCCUCACCCGAGCCGACACCCAACAUUGUCCCAAACGUCGUAUCACCCGCUGCCACCCCGCGGCCCAAGAUUGCCAGUGCUACCCCAGCUCCGCCGCAGCCGAGAUCCGUUUCGCCCACUCCCAACGAGCACGACGGUCUCACAGAUGAAGAAAUCAUUGCACUCAUCAAGCACUACCGCGGAAAUGACAAGGGGUUGACUGGUCAAAAUCGGAAGCGUCUACUAGUGCUGCUCAAGCAUUACGAGGUAAGGCUAGGAACCUUGAGUCUCAACGGCGCUGACCAUCUGCAGGACAAGGACAAUGAGCAGGUACCUAUCAAGCAAGAGGCGGACCCCAGUGAAACACGAGUACGUAUCAAGCGCGAGCAUACCGACGACGGCGCCGCGCGCGGACAAGGAAAGAAGCGCAAGCCUGAAGUCAUAGUCUUGGAUGACUGA